AAAAAAAUUUUUUUCCGAAAAAGUAGUUUUUCGUCUUUAUCUCAAGUUCUACUUCAUCUUUUUCGAUACUUUUUUUUCUAACCCACGUAAAACGCUGAACACGAUUUUCAACUCAGAAUUAAGAAAAGUUUUAUGAGUCGGCCGAGCAAGACGAAUAAGUGCCACAUUUUGCACACUUUCCCAUUUUCGCGAAUCUACUUUUUCAAUCAUAACUCGGUCAGUUUUCAAGUUUUCUUAGUUUUCCAAAAAUUGACGUGCAGGUCUCAUCAAGACGCAUCGAGACAUAUAAAAUUUGUAAAAAGUUCAGUGGGAAAAUUUUUCAAGAAAAAAAUAAUUCAAAAAUUUAGUACUGGGGGGAGUGGUUUCCUGCGUCUCCUGAACAUUUUUUCCACUAAAGUUUUGCGGAAUGUAUUUUUAAUUCAUAUACUCUGCCAAGAGAUAUUAUUUUUAUUAAUUUUCAGGCCAAAAUUUGUUUUUUUUUUCUAUACAUCUGUCUGUGUACAAGAUAUAGCCCUCAACUGUACGUCUCCUUUUUGGGAAAUCAAUAAUGAGUACAAUCCUGUAAUAAAAUUUUCAAAAAUUCGUUUUCCCGCUGACAUAUCAGUAAUAAACGGUUUUCGAACGCCUUUUCUCAAAAUGUAAUUAUUGAAGAAAGCGGAAUCGAAAAACGACUCCCUCCAGAAAUUUCUCUUCCCUGCAUCUCCCUGCCGGGUCUCUCCCGCAUGGCCGAGUGGUUAG